UAAAGGCAGCUCCGCUGUGCCGGCGGCGGCAGGUCACUUCCUCAACACGCUGCAUGCUCUCGGGAUUCUGCUGGGGGAUCCAGGUUCGACCGCGAGGGGAGAGAACAGCAGAAUGAGAGAUCGCCGCGUUGUGAUCACCGGGUGUCCAGGCUCAGGGAAGACGGCGACAGGAAACACCAUUUUUGGCAGGAGGGUAUUUACUUUUAGCACCAUUCCCAACAAUGUCACUCUGUCCUGUGGAAGCACCAAUGAGGAAUUCGGAGACCCUCGAUGGUUCCUGGUGGUGGACACGCCGAGCCCGUUGACUCCGGCUCACAGGGAUCAGUGCAUGACUUUGUGCCAGCCAGGCCCGCACGCAUUCCUGUUAACACUACGCGCCGGCCGCUUCACUGCAGAAGACGAGGCAGAGCUUCAGCAGCUGGAGCUGCUGUUUGGAGAGGACAUGUACAAUUACACCAUUGUCCUCUUUACACACAGUGACAUCAUAGAGACAGAUGGAAAAACCCUGCAAGACCAUAUAGAAAAUGCAAACCCAGACCUCAAGAACCUGUUGGAGAAGUGCGGGCAGAGAUACCACACCUUUGACAGCAGAAACCACAGUGACAGAAAACAAGUGAGAGAACUCAUUCAGAGGGUUGAUGAUGUAGUAAGGGUUAAUGGUGGUAAACACUACAAGAGGGUUCAAGAGCCCUUAAAGAAACUUGUAACCCAAUCUGUGCUGGCAGGAACCCUGCUUGGAGUCGUGCUGAGGAUCGCGUGGGUAUGGAUACAUGAAGAUAAGAUGGGACCUGAUUUGUGUUGGUGGGUUAUGCUGGGGGCGGGAUAUGGCCUCAGUGACACCUGA